AGCGCCAGCGCUGGAAUCGCCCCCGGGCUUGGGAGUGGCCUCGCGAGGCCGGCGCGCGCCCCGGGGCCGAGGAAUCCGUCUGCCCGCCCAAGCGUCGGCCACGAGAGAGCGGGAGCCUCGCUGCUCCCCAUUUCAGAGUCAGCGCUUUGGGACCAAGGUAGUCUGGCGCACGGAUGCCGAACCUUAUCCGGGCUAGUAGUGGGUGAGAGAGCCCAGAAACAGGGAGAGGUGGGCAGCGGGCUGGAGCGCGGCGCCGGGAGUUGGAGAGCCGGUGACUUUCCCGUGAAGUUGCUUUGUACACUCCCGGGAAGCGUCUGUAAGUCUAGGGGUUCUGGUCCUGGCGAGACGGAGUGGCAUCCUCCUUGGGAAACUUCGCCCCCAACCCCGUUUGGAAGCCCCAGACCCCAAAUCGACUUGCGCCGCUCCCUCCUUCCCCGUCGGGACCCGGGCCGCCUGCGCACGCCACUCCCUCUCGAGCCCUCUCACUCUCUCCCUAGAGGUGGAGGAAGACCUGGGCCGUGCUCUACCCGGCCAGUCCCCACGGCGUAGCUCGGCUCGAGUUCUUUGACCAUAAGGGGUCGAGCUCUGGGGGUGGCCGAGGGAGCUCGCGCCGCCUGGACUGCAAGGUGAUCCGUCUGGCUGAGUGUGUGAGUGUGGCCCCCGUCACCGUGGAGACCCCCCCUGAGCCCGGCGCCACUGCAUUCCGCCUGGACACUGCUCAGCGCUCGCACCUGCUGGCGGCCGACGCGCCGUCCAGUGCAGCCUGGGUGCAGACGCUGUGCCGAAACGCCUUUCCGAAAGGCAGUUGGACUCUGGCUUCUACUGAUAACCCACCUAAGCUUUCUGCCCUGGAGAUGCUGGAGAACUCCUUGUACAGCCCUACCUGGGAAGGAUCCCAAUUCUGGGUAACGGUGCAGAGGACUGAGGCCGCCGAGCGCUGUGGCCUGCAUGGCUCCUACGUGCUGAGGGUGGAGGCUGAGAGGCUGACUCUCCUGACCGUGGGGGCCCAGAGUCAGAUACUGGAGCCACUCCUGUCCUGGCCCUACACUCUGUUGCGUCGCUAUGGCCGGGACAAGGUCAUGUUCUCUUUUGAGGCCGGCCGCCGCUGCCCCUCAGGCCCUGGAACCUUCACCUUCCAGACGGCACAGGGAAAUGACAUCUUCCAGGCAGUUGAGACUGCCAUCCACCGGCAGAAGGCCCAGGGAAAGGCCGGACAGGGGCACGAUGUUCUCAGAGCUGACUCCCAUGAAGGGGAGGUGGCAGAGGGGAAGUUGCCUUCCACACCUGGCCCCCAAGAGCUCCUCGACAGUCCCCCAGCCCUGUAUGCUGAGCCCUUAGACUCCCUGCGCAUUGCUCCAUGCCCUUCCCAGGAUUCCCUAUACUCAGACCCCUUGGACAGCACCCCUGCUCGGGCAGGAGAGGGAGUACAACGGAAGAAACCUCUCUAUUGGGACUUGUAUGCGCAUGCGCAGCAGCAGUUGCUGAAGGCCAAGCUGACGGACCCCAAAGAGGACCCCAUCUAUGAUGAACCUGAGGGCCUGGCCCCAGUCCCUCCCCAGAGCCUUUAUGAUCUGCCUCGGGAGCCCAAGGAUGCAUGGUGGUGCCAAGCUCGGGUGAAGGAGGAGGGCUAUGAGCUCCCCUACAACCCUGCCACUGAUGACUACGCUGUGCCACCCCCUCGGAGCACAAAGCCCCUCCUUGCUCCCAAGCCCCAGGGCCCAGCCUUCCCUGAACCUGGUACUGCAACUGGCAGUGGCAUCAAAAGCCACAACUCAGCCCUGUACAGCCAGGUUCAGAAGAGCGGGGCCUCAGGGAGCUGGGACUGUGGGCUCUCUAGAGUAGGGACUGACAAGACUGGGGUCAAGUCAGAGGGCUCUACCUGAGAAGGAGGGCAAGGCUGAGGUGGCUAAGGAGGACCAUGGGGAGGUGGCACUAGGGAUCAAAGAAAAUGGUUAGAACCAGCAGAAGUCAGAGCGUGGGAGGGGCCAUGCUGUGUGAGACCAGGGGACCAGAGGGAUAGGAGAGUCAAGGGAAGGACAAUCCCAGGAAGUCCUAAGAAGUGGGGCAGAUGGCAGGGCUGAGGGAUGGGCUCUGCAUCCUCCUAGACCCAUCCCUUCCCCACUUCCCCAAAGGAAGGGACAGCCGUGGGACCAGGUCUGUGGAAAGUGGUGCAUGGUCAGAAUGGGUGCAGUUUGAGGGGCCUGUGUGGAGGCCUCAGGGAGAUGUUGGACUGUGUCUGGAUCCUUACUCCUGCAUUGUUCUUUGCCAGAGACCUAUUUAAAAAAUUUGAAAUUCUCAUUAAAGUCAGCUUGGGUUUAAGAA